AGAGUCCAGAUGCUCCCGUCUAAAGCAGUCCUCCUCGUCAGAGUGUGGGAAUGGAACGAUCGGUCAGAUCCACCCUCGUGUUCAUUCCAGGUUUCAGACGUGCUGCUGUGUACCAGGUGUCACCCUGGCUAUGGGGAGACAGUGGUGGUUUCCCCCUUUCUUCCUUCCUUUAAGUAGUCUGGUUAUUUCUAAGGCUUCUCCCUCUACCGCCCCACCCCUACCUCCUGCUCCUGCCCAAGCCAGGCCCCACCACUGCACGUUGAGAGUCUGCUGUUCCCGGAUGGAGCGGGCCCGGGGUUGGCAGUAUCUAGGUGUUGGCAGCAGCAGCUCUUCUGCAAGUCCCUAAGCUCAGAUGAACUGGGGCUUUAAGAUGUCAUCGAGCCAUCAGAGGGAUGCAGGAAAGGCCUUUUGAAAUGCUGUUUCCCCUGACCCAUUCGAGGUCCCUGGACGGCCGGCUUCAGGUGUCCCAUCGGAAGGGGCUCCCUCAUGUCAUCUACUGCCGCCUGUGGCGGUGGCCCGACCUGCACAGCCACCAUGAGCUGCGGGCCAUGGAGCUGUGUGAGUUCGCCUUCAACAUGAAGAAGGACGAGGUCUGUGUGAAUCCCUACCACUACCAGCGAGUAGAGACGCCAGUUCUACCUCCUGUGUUGGUGCCACGCCACACAGAGAUCCCGGCCGAGUUCCCCCCGCUGGACGACUACAGCCAUUCCAUCCCCGAAAACACUAACUUCCCUGCGGGCAUCGAGCCCCAGAGCAAUAUUCCAGAGACCCCACCCCCUGGCUACCUGAGUGAAGAUGGAGAAACCAGCGACCACCAGAUGAACCACAGCAUGGAUGCAGGCUCUCCAAACCUAUCCCCGAACCCGAUGUCCCCAGCACACAAUAACUUGGACCUGCAGCCUGUCACCUACUGCGAGCCGGCCUUCUGGUGCUCCAUCUCCUACUACGAGCUGAACCAGCGCGUCGGGGAGACAUUCCACGCCUCGCAGCCAUCCAUGACGGUGGACGGCUUCACCGACCCCUCCAACUCGGAGCGCUUCUGCCUGGGGCUGCUCUCCAACGUCAACAGGAACGCAGCAGUGGAGCUCACUCGGAGGCACAUCGGGAGAGGCGUGCGGCUCUACUACAUUGGAGGGGAGGUCUUCGCCGAGUGCCUCAGCGACAGCGCUAUUUUCGUCCAGUCUCCCAACUGUAACCAGCGCUAUGGCUGGCACCCAGCCACCGUCUGCAAGAUCCCACCAGGAUGCAACCUGAAGAUCUUCAACAAUCAGGAGUUCGCCGCCCUCCUGGCGCAGUCCGUCAACCAGGGCUUCGAGGCCGUGUACCAGCUGACCCGGAUGUGCACGAUCCGCAUGAGCUUCGUGAAAGGCUGGGGCGCCGAGUACAGGAGACAGACAGUGACCAGCACCCCCUGCUGGAUUGAGCUGCACCUGAAUGGGCCUUUGCAGUGGCUUGACAAGGUCCUUACCCAGAUGGGCUCCCCGAGCAUCCGCUGUUCCAGCGUGUCUUAGAGACACCGGGCGUGCAGGGGGAGGGUGGGGAGGAUGGGCUUGGGGAAAUGGCCAUGUAGGAGGUGGAGAAGAUUGCAACUCUACUCAACCCAUCGUUGUCAAGGAAGAAGUUUUUCUCCCUCAACUAAAGUGGCACCAGCCUGUUUCCCAAAACACAAAAGCAAACCCAGAGAUGGAUUUUACGAACAGCUGCAUCUGCCCUUUGGCGCCAGCUUCAAGGGCAAGAAGUGGCUUCUGCUCUGGUGGCCUGAGCAAACAGAACAGGUAGUGUUUCACCACCCGCCCUCAACCCCCAGCCUCCUUCCUUUUUGAAUGACAGCAAUCUGGGAUGUCGCAGUCCAACCGAAGUGCCCCUCUGUCCAGGACUGGAUUGUGGAGUUCACCUUGGAAGGGUGUUCUCGGCAGGAAAAGCCUGCAGGGCGCUGAACAGACCUCACCCCAGCUCUCGGCGCUUUUGACAAACGCUUCACCUGAGCACUCCCGACGAAGCCCCACCACUCCAGCAGAGCCCACACCUCGGGAGCCAGAUCGGCUUGGGGUGGCGCCGGGGCUUGUCUGCCCCCCUGCCCUCUCAGAACAUACCACUUGGCACAGGCGUGCUCAGCGGAACAUGUGCACGGGACAAGUGGGAGUGGGUGAGAGCCACCUCUUCUUUAAAAACUUAAAUUUGUCCUUUUUCACUUUGAAAAGUUGGAAGGAUCUGCUGCAGCUCAGUGCGUAUGCAGUGUAGAGUUUCUGUUGUCACAGUAAUCUCAAAGAGAUUUGAAUGAUGGUAAGUGUCCACGUGAAGCAGGGGGCCGUGGCCCUGGGAUGGCGUUUAGGCUGAGGCAGCGCCAUCCUGAGUGCAUCCCUGUCAUCCGUGAGAGCUCGCUCCAGAUUCUGAUGCAUACGGCUAUAUUGAUUUAUGUAGUCGGUUGCAGUAAUUAAAUCAACUUUAUCAUAUGCUCUUUUAAAUGUUUGUUUUAUAUUUUUUAAGAAAAUCCUGGGUUGGCAUAUUGACUGGGAAACCAGAGCGAGUCCCAGCCACUACUUCUCUCCCUUCUCUCUCCCAAGGGGAAGCUUUUUCCAGGUUUUGUUGCAGAGACACCUGCCAGCACUUACGGAAGCUGAAAUUUACAGGAGCAAAUUCACCAGAAGGGAAAAAUCUCAGGCCAACACAGGCAAAUGAAAAGGGCUAUUAAAAUUUUUUUACACCUUUGAAAAUUGCAGGCUUGGUGCAAAGAGGUCUGCCAUCUUUCCCCUGGGAUCUAAGAUUAUCUAGCUCACAGUGGAGGAUCAUCAGUGACAACUACAGCAGUUAUAUUGCAGAAUAAGUACCGCUCCCAGUGGCAAUUAGGGAGAAAACUAAUAUAAAUUAUUUCAAUUGUAAAAAAGAAAGAAGAGCCCUCCUCUUUUACUGGCCUUUUGCAGAAUACAGCAGACAGAAUUGCCACCUUCAUUCAAUUGGUACUUUGUUCUUUGCUGCUGUUUUUGUAGGAAGUGACUUAUCCCACAUUUUUGCAUGGAUUUAUACCAGGAAAAAUAAGAGGAUUUCCUAUGGAAGUCCUGUCUUAUUCCAAGUGAAGGGAAGAAAAGUGUAUACUUCUGGCAGGUUAUAAAUCUCAAAUGUGAUGCAAUUUCUGACGCUGUAGGAAGAUAGAGGGGGCUUCCUGGUACCUCCCCUGCAGGACCCUGUGCCUAGGAAGCGGAAGCCUUGAGGUUUCCAGGUAGGAGAGCUGUUCCCUGAGCCUCCUGAGGAAGAGACUGAAGGAGCACCUUGCCAGGCCUGUCUGUGCCAGUCUUCAAGCAGGGAUGUUGACACAGAACCCAGAGACAACACGAAACCCCUCGCUUCCUCUGAGAAGGCCAAGUACUGUGGGUCUGAAGCGCGUGCCUGGCACGAAAUGAUCUAUGGGCUGCUCUUACAAACGCAGGAAGCCCGCCCCUCGUGUGUGUGCGCUCACCAUCCCAGUCAGCCGGGACCCCGGGCACAAAUACUCUGCUUUGGCGUCUGCUGGAGCAAUCAUGGCCUCUCUCCUAAAAGCCAUGGCAGCGGUUUCCGAGGGCCUGCAUUCUCCACCUGCUACACGGUCCCAUGAGGGCUUCCUGUGGCACACAGCUGUCCCCCAGCUGCUGGGGAACUAGCUUCAGGUACAGCCCAAUUCUGGUGACCCCGUGAUCAAUGGAAGUCCUGUCUUGUUCCAGGUGAAGGGAAGGAAACGUAUACUUUUGGCAAGUUAAAAACUUCAAAUGUAAUGGAUUACACAUUUGGGUGCAUUUGGCUGGUGUCUUAGAAUGCUCAGUGCUCAGACCUGAAGACUCCCUCUUGGCCCCGUCUUUAUAGACUAGAGACUACCACAGGAGGACAUGUGAGGAGGCUGUAGGCAAGCCCGCCUUUGGCAUCACUGAAAAUAAAUUUGGUCACACUUAAGAGGUUAGGAAAUGGUGCCGUUCCCAUUAUAGAGCGCUACGUAGGUGCUUUGGGCAUGUGUAAUAUUAGUGUCCUUCCUUAAAGUCACAAAACUAGUUUUCUUAGUUUUAAAAUCCUUUUGUAUGAAUGGCAUUUGUAUAUUAAAAAACUUUUCUAAAGAACAGUUGAAAGGGGCAAGAGGAAACCAGGGCAGUUUUAGAGCUGUGCCGGUGGCUGCUAGAUAGCGGUUCCAAGUGUAGCGAAGUGUGUGUUCCCCUCCCCCCAGGCUCCUGCCGUGACGGUGUCUCUGCCCUGUGGCUUGUGCUGACACUGGCCCCGAGUGUGGCUAGCACUGGGGCAUAGAUCCAUGUCUUCAGCACCUCCCGAGGAGCCGACUUUUAUUUCCUUUCCACUCCUCCCCACUAGUCCUCUUCUUCCCAACUUUAUUUAGUAACUUAGAUCCUUCCAGCGCAUAGGUAGGUAGCUCCCCCAGCCGGUUUGGAUUACAGGCCUGCGCUGGAACAUCAUCUCAGUUGGCCACCUUCCUGGCAGGCUGUAGAUCUGACAUUUUGAGACAAGCCCAGAGUCAGGAGCGGGGACUUUGACUCUUACGAAAAACACACAUGAGGGCAAGGCUGCUGGCAGACUUUUCCAUUGUCCUUAUGUUGUCUGUUGUAUUUUUUUAUUGACUGUGGUGAUUAUUUUUUUAAAUCAUUGUUAAUGUAUUGAAAUGAGCUGUAGCACAUAUCAUGUGCUUAAUUUGUUUUGUUUUUCUCCAUCCCCCCUUGACUUCCUAGAGUUUGGCCAUAUUCCAGGCUAAAUGCUUUUACUCAAACCACAGAAAGGUUUUCUUUAAGUAGCAUGUGCAUGGCAUGCAUGUACGUGAGUAGUCUGGGGAGAAGGCAGAUAUCUGAUUUCACUCUUGGCCCCAGGCUGCCAUUCUGAGGCUCCGUGAUGGGCUCCACAGGGCCAAAGCUCACAUUAGGCCCCUCUCCUUAGUCCUCAAAAACAGAGGUAGGAAAGGAAUCUGCAGGCCGCUCAUGGGACUGCUUACCAAGGGGGCUACAAGAGAGGGCACAAGUCUAGCUCUGGACCCUGUUUCUUACUGUGUGACUUGGCUAGAGUUGGGAGUUUUCCCAAAAUAUAGACAUGUCCCCAUUUUACCGGAAGAAAACCUCAACACAGCUAAGCUGUAUCAUUUUUAUUUGUGUGGCAUAAAUGUUCCCUUUAGCACCCCUUCAAGUAACAGUCUUCACAAUGCGCAUCACUCUUAGAAGGAGCACCAGCCAACUCUGAAGGGGGCAGGGAGAGGAGAAAAAUGUACCCCGGGGAUAUGACCGAAGAUGAAGGUGCAGCACCUGUGAUGGGAGUUGUCAGCGGGGAAAUGACUUGCUGUACGGGCAACUGUUCAGAAACACAGCUAUCACAUAAAAGGAACUCGCCUCUCCUAUAAACUGGAUCUAGAAAUUCUCAGUGAUUCUAUAAUAGAUUUUCUUUCUUUUUUAAAUGCAGAAAUAAGGUAUACUCUAGUAUUCUGGUGUUUUUAUAUUUAUGUAAUAAUUUCUUAAAACCAUUCAGAUAACUAUUUAAUUUUUUAAAGAAAAUUGGAAAGGUCUCCCCUCUCAAGGACAGUGGCUAGAAGAGUUGGGGCACAGCCAGUUCCGAAUGUUGGUGGAAAGUGUAGUGACUAUUUUGGCUCAGCAGCCAGAAACGCCAAACCAGGCUGGCUAAACAGGUGGCAGCGCAUAAAAACAGGUAGCCUCUGAGUCCAAUCUAGGCCCUUCUGUAGGAGUUUUAUGAACCAAGCCCCCCUCGCUUCCUAGGGGUGAAAGCUCUACAGAGAGCUGGGGCCGUCUUUCUCCAAGAAGCCUUCACUCGCCGUCACGGCUGCUGCUGCAACUCGGCUGUUCCGGACUCACUGUGUGCGCUGGGGGUGGGGGUGGAUCAUGGAGGACGUCGAUUACCUUCACUAUUCGGCCAGCCUGACCUUUUAAUAUCUUUGUAAAAAGCAUGUAUGUAUUUAUAGUGUUUUAGAUUUUUCUAACUUUUAUAUUUUAAAGGCAGAGCACCUGUUUGUUUAAGCAUUGUACCCCUAUCGUUAAAGAUUGGUGUCCUCUCUCUUGUUAAGUGCCCUUCUAAUAAACUUUCCGUGGAAAAGCUCCUGUGCCAGAAGCUCAGUCUGA